GCGGAUCACACAGCACCGGCACAUACCGAACACCCGAGCUCGUUCAAUGAUACCGCCGCUGCCUCGACCUCCUCCUCUUCCGCCCGGCGCAGGUCGCCGUCGACUAGCACACCAAUGGUCGCCCCGGAUCCACCGCCGGAACCGCUCCUCGCGCGGUCCUCGUCCUUGGCUACGAUGACAGCCGGCGGCGGUGGCAGCAGCAUGAGGGAGCAACUCGGGCUAGCCGGGAUCGCGCGCCGCACGCUGGGUAUCGCGUUGCUGCUUGUGGUGGUGUUUAUGUGGACGCUGUCGAACUUCAUGGCUAGUUAUAUCUUCUCCGACGGGACGUACAACAAGCCGUUCUUCCUCGUCUACGUCAACACCUCGUGCUUCGCCGUCUCGCUGAUACCGCUCGCGAUACGGUACGUCUUGAAGCACGGUGUGCGUUCGGUGUCGGACGCCGCGCUGGCGCUGUGGCGGGAGUGGCGACUCGGCAUGACGCCGCUUAGGACUCGGGACCAAGGGGGGGAACACGGCAGGGACGAGGACGCUGCUGCCGGAGAGCGGCUGCUCGUCGAUGACGAGGGCAGCCUCGAGGCGCUGGAUCUACCGCGCGGGCAGGACAAGCUCAGCGUCGGCCAGACGGCGCGGCUGAGCCUCGAGUUCUCGAUGCUCUGGUUUGCCGCCAACUACUUUGCCUCGGCGUGCCUCGAGUACACGAGCGUCGGGAGCGUGACGAUCCUGACGUCGACGAGCAGCAUAUGGACGCUGAUAUUCUGCGCGCUGACCAAGAUCGAGGUCUUCACCGUGCGCAAGUUGAUAGGCGUGCUGGCGUCACUGGCCGGGGUGGUGCUCAUCUCGUCGGUGGACCUGUCGGGGGCGAACGACGAUAAUCGCGGCAGCUUCCCGCACAAGUCGACGGCGCAGAUCGCUAUUGGGGAUGCUAUGGCCUUCUUCAGCGCCAUCAUCUACGGCGUGUACGUGACGGUCAUGAAGAGGCGGGUGGGCAACGAGGACCGGGUGGACAUGCCGCUCUUCUUCGGCCUGGUGGGCUUGAUCAAUGUGCUGCUUCUCUGGCCGGGCUUCUUUUUGCUGCACUACACCGGCAUUGAACCCUUUGAACUGCCGCCGACGGCCAGCGUAUGGACCAUCAUCGCGGUGAACUCGGCGGCCUCCUUCCUCAGCGACAUCCUCUGGGCCUAUGCCAUGCUCCUUACGACGCCGCUCGUUGUCACAGUCGGCUUGUCGCUGAACAUCCCCCUAUCCCUCAUCGGCGAGAUGAUUCAAUACUCGCAGUACUCGAGCUGGCUCUACUGGCUUGGAGCCGGGGUUGUGUUUAUCUCCUUCUUGUUUGUGAACCACGAGAGCCACGAAGAGGACCGCGACGGUAAGGACCAGUCGGUCGGUGGGUCAAUAGGUACCAUGGUAUAACUUCCUUUUGCUCGGUUGGAAGACCAUUGGCACUUUUCCUUGGCUCGUUGUUUACGCAGGUAGAGGCUCAGAGAUAGACAGCAUCAGGAUACCCAGCACAGGUUUCACGCUUCGUCGAGGUCACAGCG